AUGCUCGGCGUCUACAAUUAUCUCUCAACUAGACUGUUGAGGAGGGAAUCUUCCCAGGGAGGUGUCAAGUCGAGUCAACCAGAAUUGGCUCCCUUCUCUCUCUUCUCUUCUCUGCCACCGGAGCUUCGACGAAAGAUCUGGCAUCUAGCUCUGCCUACGCGACUCAUUGAAGCUUCGCUAGAUUUUCAAAAUGAACAAUGCGGUUGUUGUUUGAGCCCACCAAAAACUGGCAAAGAAGACCGUCGACAACUACCUGUGCUCUUCGCAGUCAACGUUGAAUCCCGAGAGUUCUGCCUUGAGCAGUACAUUCCCUUCGCAAAUACCUAUAUUCACCCAAAGCUCGACCUGAUUUACAUCUCGUGGCUGAACGCAGAUCUCGUUACUCCACGUCCGAAGUUCUAUCCUAUUCAAGACCAGCCUUUGAGGAAGCUACACACCAUUGCAAUGACAAUACAACGCGGCCCUAGGAGCCCAGAGAGAUUUGGGGCCUUUGUCAGUUGCCUGCGUUGUCUCGGGAGUCCACAAGAGAUUCAACUCUGCCUUGUUGGUCCCAAACUGCCCUCUCUAUUCUCCACCACCGCCGGCUUUUCCAUUUCAAAUGGGAACAUGGUUGUGUUGUUGGACUGGGCGAACAAGGUUGAAGAGAACAUGUCACAAGAGGUGCGGUCGCAUGUAAUGAGAGCUCUUGAGGCGGAAGAUGCUGCAGCGCCUGGUUUCAGCAUUCCCGCGAUCAGUAAGAGGCUGUAUUACGUAUUUUCUGGUCCUUAG